GGAGAUACUUUUAGCCUGACUUGUGAGGUAUCUGGGGAUCCUACGCCAAAUGUUACUUGGAUUACAGUGAGCGAUGAUGAGCACAGUUAUGGAAACAUACUGAACUUUACCAACAUUACGAGAGGUCAUACCAGAGACUAUAGAUGUGAAACAAAGAAUAGGUGUGGAAAGGAAUCAAGGAAUGAAUUUAUCAACGUCUUUUAUCAGCCCGAAAAUGUCCGCUUAACGACGAAUACAACAAGCAAAGUGUGUACAGGAGUUGUAAUAAACUUCACAUGCACUGCUGAAGCUAAGCCACCAGUGCACACUUAUUUGCUGUAUGAAAAUGACACUGUGAUUAGGAAUAUGGGAAUAUCAGGAACCUUGAUAAAAACAAUUGGAAAUGCUGGCCUCUUUGUCUUCAGAUGUGAAGCAAAUAAUUCUGUCCUCGGGAUUGGAAAAAGUAGCAAUACUAUCUUGACUGUUGAUGUCCCGGCAUCUGUUCAGCAGGCCGAAAAUAAAGUUGUCAAAGAAGGUGGUAGUGUGGAGGCGAACUGUAAUGUGACUGCAGGUAUUCCUGAUCCAACUGUCAUGUGGACAAAGGUAGCGACAUGUGAGCGCAUCAAGGGAAACCCAUUGACAAUCACGAACAUCAACCAAGCCCAAGCUGGAGAAUACAGGUGCACUGCAAACAACACUUGUGGAGUGGACUCUACAGUGGUGGACAUUGAUGUACAGU